AGUUUUUUGAUAUUUUCUACUAUGAUCUAUCUAUUUAUGUUUGGAUUGGUCUUUACUUAACUAAAAGAAUUUAUGUUUGCUUAAGGUUUGUUAUGAAGGCUUGUUCUUCUUCUUUGUCCUUCAUAGCUGCUGUUGUGUGUUUUGUAACGAGCCAAGACCCUUUCAACUUAGGCGAGCUGAACAUAAUCACAAAAAAGCUCCGCUUGGCAUGCCUUGGCUCAUUUGCAGCCGUAAUAGUAUAUAGUUUAUUUAAAUUCUUCUGCUAUGUUUGUAGCAAUAGUAGAUCAGGUGCAGAUGAGCAGCAUGCAGUUGGAGAUGCUGUUCGGCGAUGUGGUGUUUGCCAGGAAUCAGAUAUGGUGCUUAAGCGGAAACCGAUGGAUCAAUAUCUUGAAGUACCAUGCGAAGUGUGCUGCUAAUUGAACAUUUUGGUUCGUCUUUCUUAGGGUACAAAGUCUCUUAUUUCUUUUAGUCUGUUUAUCAACAAAGCAUUUUAUGGAUGAACUUUGAUAUUUAUUUCUGCCUUUCCUGUAAACUAUCGGAAAAAGACAAACCAUGGGCUUGUGGGGCAUUGGUCUGCUAGGUUCUAAUUCAUAUAUCACCAGGCAACUUACUAUUCAAAUUCGAGCUACUACCUCAUUCUUUCUCCCCUCUGAACCCCCCUCCCCCCGUCAUAUAAUAAGAAAUUUGUCUUUUUGUUUUGUUUUGUUUGGUUGCUUUUUUUUUUUUGAAUAUGAUUGUGGUUUCAUAAAUUGAAUUUUUCUUUCUUUGAACUUAGAUCUUGUGGCAUUUUUCUUUCUAUGAUGUUUUUUGCACCCUCCUUUAUUGAUGUUUAACUCUUGUAUUGUACGGGUUUCUAAUUCAUCAAUAAAGAUUUCUUUUGCUGAUAAA